GACUACUCCGAGCUCAGUGUGUACUGCAAUGCAACGGAAAAUAUGCGUGUUUACCAAAGUCGUUUCGGUAGAACGGUGUCGUGUGUUGCGUCACGUUUAAGGAAAUUGAUAGUGCGCCGAGGUCGACGUGACUAGCAUUAUCGUGUACUAUAUAUUGUAAUUUCUGAUAAAUUUCAUUUAUAUAGUUAUUAUUUCCAAUUUAAAGUGAGUCAAACAUGAUGAAAGUUAUAACUCCCGUGUUCAAUAUUCCCCUUGGAUGCCCGACCGAUGGCCGACGCCACGACACAGCGCGCGUCCUACAUAACCUUGUUAUCGCAAUAUACAGUCGACAAGAUGGCGGCGAGUGGGGAGAGGGCGCCCAGUUGGCCAGGUGCUGCCGCCGCGUCGAGUUCGGCGCUAUAGCUAACUAAAUAGGUACGCAGAGUGUUGUACAUUUAGAACGUUCACAAUGGCCACCGCGAAAGACACGUCUACUUUCUUUCUGGAGGCAGAUUCAAAACAAUUUGACAGUGUUUUAAAGUUAUAUCCACAAGCGAUCAAACUAAAAGCUGAACAGAAAACAAAGAAACCAGAGGAACUCAUAAAAUUGGACAAUUGGUAUCAAAAUGAAUUACCAAAGAAAAUCAAAUCUAGAGGGAAAGAUGCUCACAUGAUACAUGAAGAAUUGGUUCAACUUAUGAAAUGGAAACAAGCAAGGGGAAGGUUUUAUCCACAACUGUCCUACCUAAUCAAAGUGAACACACCAAGAGCGGUAAUGCAGGAAACAAAGAAAGCAUUCAAGAAAUUGCCCAAUAUAGAAUCAGCAAUGACAGCCCUCAGCAACCUGAAGGGUGUAGGUACCGCCACCGCCUCAGCCCUACUAGCAGCAGCCAGCCCUGAAAUAGCUCCCUUCAUGGCGGACGAAUGCAUACAAGCAAUACCAGAGAUGGAAGGGAGCGAUUACACUGCCAAGGAAUACCUCAACUUUGUUAAACAUAUUAGAAACGUCUGUGAUAGAUUAAAUAAGGAACAAAAUGGUUGUGGCAAGAAAUGGUCACCACACAUGGUGGAGUUGGCACUAUGGACGCAUAACAUAGUGUCGGACUUGCAGCCACAGCUGCUGGGUAAAGAGCCCGUACUGCCCGCCCUGCCCGAGCCCACCAACGGCGGCUCGCCUUUGCCCAGCGAUGAGAGUAACCUCGAGCCUCCUGCCACCAAUGGCAAUGGUAAGCUUGAGUCAGUGAACGAGGACACGACGACGUCGUGCACGGAGGACUCUAUGGACGCUAAGGCUGCCUCGCCCGGCACCCCCGCGACCCCCGCCACACCCGCCUCGCCCUCCGACAACUCCGACUCCGCCGUCAGCACGCCGCGCGCCAAACGGCAAAUAGAAGAAGCGAGUUCAGCUGAGGAGAACUCUUUGGGCGAGACGCCGGGGGCGGAGGCGCCGCCGAUGGCCAAGAAGCUGCGGGAGGCCACGCACUGACACGCGCACCCCGCGCGCCCCCGCCCCCGCCCUGCACCACACACGUGCGAAUAUAAAUAGCUUUCUAGACUAAAACUUAUUGUACCUAGGACGUUCGCAUCCCGAGUGACAUUCCAGUAAUUGUUAACUGACGUGGUCGGCGGGGCGGUCAGGGGAGUCGUGGGGAAGGGGAGGGAACGUGCCUCGCCGCCUCGUAUCCGGACCAGAUGCCUUGGAGAUUCACUCACAUUGCCUUAUGACACAGUCUGCCCGCAGAGUUUAUAUGCAACAAGAUAAUACAAAGGUCGUGUUACCCGGGCGCCGGGCACACGGGCCCACAAUGUAGUUUUUAAUGAACAAAUAUAAGAUAUU